UACCACGUCUAUCCAAAUCCAAAAUCAACUUUACUUUAUAAUUUUUUUUAUCAAUCAUGUAACAUUCACAACAAAACUAUAAAUAACACACACAAUCUCCCAUCAUCUUCAUCCCAUAAACAGCUUUCAAUCUUUUUUUCAAGUCCGCGACCCACAAAAAACAAAAAUGGCAAACAAUCAAUUCAUCAUCACCAUCUCCAUCCUAGCCCUCCUAGCAGCAACCACCGCCGCCCAUGAGGUAACACCCCUCAAACAAGACAAAACCGCCACUGUUGUGGUGGAAGGAAAGGUCUACUGUCAGAGCUGUAAAUACUUCGGGUCAUGGUCUCUCACCGGAGCUGAGCCAAUUCCGGCAGCCAAAGUCAGUGUGAUUUGCAAAAACCAUAAAAAAAGAGUGAGUUAUUACAACACGUUUGCAACCAAUGAAGAAGGGUAUUUCUACGCAGAGCUUAAAGAUUUCAAAAUGACACACUAUUUGUUGGAUCAUCCUCUUCAUGCUUGCCAUGUGAAGCUUGUGUCAUCUCCUCUUGCAACAUGCAAUCUUUUGUCGAAUGUUAACAAUGGCAUCAAUGGGUCGCCUUUGAAAUUUGAGAACAAGGUGUUACAUGGGAAGGAUUAUGAAGCUGUUGUUUAUGGAUCUGGACCCUUGGCUUUUCGUCCUUCUAAUUGCGACCCUGAAACUGAAACCUAAACCGAAACCACUCCUUAAAUUUCAUUUCAUUAACUGAUUUCAUGAUUACUAUGUUUUUUACUUUUUGUUGUAUUCGAGUUGAUUUUGUUACGUUCUAUCUUUAAUCAUAUUAAUGCGCUUAUUUGUAAUGUUUAA